UGUCCACCAUGCAGACAGUGGGUGAAGCAGUUAACGCCAGUCUAUGAGCAGAUGAAAAAGAAUGGCAUCUCAUUGGAAAUAAUCUUCUGCUCCUCUGACAGAUCUCAAGAAGCCUUUGAUCACUUUGUUGAACAGAUGCCGUGGUUAGCAUUCACAUAUGAUCCCGCUAGAACAUUGGCGUUAACGAGAGUUUACAAUAUCAGUGGUAUGCGGCACAAUGUGCGCUUGAAAUUCCAGACCGAUGGGAUUCCCUCUCUGAUCUUAUUGGACCAAGCUGGGAAGGUGAUCACAAAUCACGGGAGGUCGUCGUUACUUGAAGACCCAGCUGGCCGAUACUUUCCUUGGAAACAGCGCCCCCUUUACGAACUAAAUGAGUAUACUGUUUGCCGGCUUAGAGAUGAACCAUCGCUCAUAUUGUUCACAGAAGGCUCACCUGACGACAUUCAGUUCUCCCUAUCUGUCAUGGAGAAAGUAUCGAAGCGCUUGUUUGAAGAGCGAAUGAAAAUUGAAGAACGCAGAGCAGAGGAAGCGGAAAACAAAACAGACGAAAAUGCUGAACCAGGUUCUGGAUUGAGAAACUCGGCAAGCAGUGAGGAGUGCAGCUCAACUGGUUCUGAUCUACCCAUCCCACCACAAGCUGAUCCUCUACAACUGCUCUAUACCGGCGAGGAUCCUAUCUGUGACCAUAUCCUAGAAUCAAUUCUUGGCCUCGGAGACUUCGAGCUUCCUUUGAUCUGUAUAGUCGAUGGCUUGGCGGGUCAGUUAUGUGUCUGCGAUCAACCAGACGUAUCGGAGACGGUUCUGGAAGAAUUUGUGGCGGACUACAGAGCAGGGCGGCUUCAAUGGACUCCCCUUCCUGCUGCGAGUCAGAAUUCG